CUUCGCAUUACCACUAAAUCACCGACAGCCCCCCAAUAAUCCCUUCAUCAAGAAUUACUUGCAAUUACAAUUACCAAUCCCGUGCCACAUUCACUAAUAUAUUUUCAUACUCCAGAGAGAAAAAUAAUAUAAUUUCAAAUUCUUGGCUUAUCCAUAUUCUGACAAUUUCCUUCGUUUUACGAAAUAUCGGAGAAUUCGGAAAUUAAAAUAAUAAUAAUUAAACAAGCUCCACUCUGAAAAUUGGUGAAAUAAAAAAUGUAGGUCAAUUGUCAGGAAUAUUCAAGUUGAGAAUUCUGCGUUUAUUUUAAUUUUAGCUGCGUUUAAUUGUAAUAUCAAUUGUGAAUUUAAAUUGUGUCACAAAAAAUUCAAGUAGAUUAGCAAUUUCUUGUGAGAAUCUACCGAUAUUUUUUUAGUCUCUAUUAAAUCGAAUUCAAUGUCACUUUGAAAAAUAGUUGGUCAACUGUCCAUAAAAUUCAAUUCUAUCCACAUGCGUUUCUGUGAUAACGGAUGGGAUGAGCAUGACUCUGGGACUUUGUUGUACGAUGUACAAUAACUAAACUCGUAUGAACAGAAGAGAGCAGCUUUUGUCCAGAAAUCUCUGACAUGGAAUUGAUAAUCCGCCAACUAGAGCCUUGUCAUUUGAGAGAGUACAAGUACAGAGGAGAGGGCAAUGCCAAUCUAGUCAUAUCUCUCCCACUGACGAGGUACAUCCUACGCUUUCGCAAAAUCGAGGCGACCGAGAAGAGACCGAUCGAUGGAAUAGAGACGAGGAUUUUAUUGGAAUGGAGGUUCUUCAUGAAGUUCAUUUGGAAAUUUAUGGGGAAGUUCGUUGCUCCACCUGAAGUGUUACGAUGCCAUCCACGAGAUUUUACGGAUUGGCAUGAAAAAGUCGAAGUUCUGCGUCCAGGUCUGUGUUUUACAGACCACCGAAAGCAUAAAAAUUCCUUCAACGAAUUUGCCAUAAAGUUACCAGACUACGCUCAACUUCCUGAAUACCUUGAUGUAGACAGAGGGAAGCCAACAUUCUGCAUAGAGAUCAAGCCGAAACAAGGCUUCAUACCAGAAUCAGAGAGGCAUAUGCAGCAUUGCCCGUACUGCAUCAAACAAAUUCACAAGAUAUCCGCGAAUAAACGGAGCGGAUACUGUCCUUGUGACCUCUUCUCCAUGGAUGAGACUCGAGUGCAUCGGGCCAUUGCUGCUCUCUUUAAAUCUCCACAGAAUAAUUUGAUAAUAUUCAGGGAUGGAGAGACCGUAUGGGGGGAAGGACAUUCCUUGGAUUGUUUAGAUAAGAUCUUGCACGAAUUCUUCAACAAUGGAUCGCAUAAAGACAAUCGAGAAUUGAUGGCUGAAUUAUGCCUGCUGAUAGCAGAGGCUUUGCGUCGAGAAUUUUCCCUCGAAGAAAAAUCCACCGAUUCCGGUGUAAAAGCCGAUGAUAUCAUCGCAAAGUCACGUGAGAGUCUGAAUCAUUACAGGUCUGACGAUGUUUCGGGGCCGAGGGGAAAGUUCUGCGAUUUUCCCAGUGGAAAUUUACCGGAUGGAUCUAUUCUCGGCUGUCUCUUUCGCAUGCAACAACUACACAGUUCGAGUGCUGACGACGUAUACAGAAUUUAUUCACAACAUUCAACACACCUCAAUGAGGAAAUCGUUUACUUCUCGGAGUCUUGUGAAUACAAAUCUGGGGGGCAUAGUGUUGACUUCGGGGAUAUUCUGAUCUUACGAAAUUAUUUGCUAUUCACUACUGCCAGGGAUUGCUCGGUGUUGCUCACCUUUCGUGAAGUAGACCCGGGAGAGGCGUUGAAAAUUCCACCAGAGCAUGUGAUUAGAAGUAAGGAGAACACUUUUGUCUUCAACAUUGGACUCACGGAUUUAGAUCCUAAACCCUUGAAUCGAAUUCAUAAACAUCAACGACGUGCCAUUGAAGGCUUUAGAACAAGUCAAUAAAAUUAUUUAGUACGGUUGAUUAAAAAAAUGUUUGAUUUCAAUUAUUGCUAUCCGGCAAUAACGAAAUUCGACUCGAGAAUCGGAUUUUUCAUGUAAGAUAGUGUCUCUUAGGACGAAAAUAUUUUUUAUACAGGGAAAUUCAUCGAGAAAUCUUCUGUUUCUGAGUGUAAGAUCUAGCUUCUUAUUAUUAUUAUCGAUAUCUCAUUAUUAUUACUGUCUCAUCCAAAAAUUAUUGAAUAACCAAAACCAUAUAUUUUCUUGUAAAAGACUCAGAUAAUUUUUGUGAUAAAGAUUUUUAAUCUCAAAACGAUUCAUUGCCCCCCUAAGAUGUAGUUGAAUUGUACGUGAAUAUAGGUUUAUAAAAAAAUGAAGAAUUAUUUAUUUUUAAAAGUG